GCCACCACCAUCCACAUCACCACUCUCGAAACACCUCCACCAUCUUCUUCUACUCCAUCACUCAUCCAUGGACCGCUCACCACCACGAGCUCCCCGCGGCGGCGGCCGUCGUGGUUGGGACCGGGACCGCGACCGCGAAGACCGUUACGGGAGAGACUACCGAAAGCGCAGCCGCAGCAGAAGCCCCGACCGACGAUACACCGCAAGAAGGAGGAGUCGAAGUCCCGACAGAGGCGACUACCGCCGAGACCGGGACAGGGACAGGGAGAGGGAGAGAGAUAGAGGUGGAGACAGAGACCGCGGAGGUCGACCUCGAGAUAACGAUAGAAGGGUCCGCUCCCCCGAACGCCGCCGUCGAAGUCGUUCCCUCCGCGGCAAACGCUCUCUGCCAAUCCGCGAUCGCACCCGCUCUCGCUCCCCCCCCCCUGCUACUGCCACCACAAAGCCUGAUAGUAAAGAUCCCGAACGCACCUCCCCGGGACCAUCAAAGCGUAGUGCUGAGAGGAGUGCCAGUGCAGAUGGAGGUGCUACUGCCCCGGCAGCGGCAGCGGCCGGUGGGAAUGCCGACGAGAUGGAGGGAGUCGUGGAUGACGAGGAGGCGCAGAUGCAGGCUUUGAUGGGAUUCGGCGGCUUCGGGACCACCAAGCAGAAGAAGGUUCGCGGGAAUGAUGUUGGGGGCGUGUAUAAGAAUAAGCCGACGAAGUAUCGGCAGUAUAUGAAUCGACCUGGGGGAUUUAAUAGGGCACUUUCGCCUUCUUGAUACACCGCCGGUGGUAGUUUUCAGUCGAUACCAAUCCGAUAAAUGGGCCUAGUGUACUAUUAUUUAUUUAUUCCUUUUGCAGGCGGAGUUUUUUUUUCCUUUUUUACCAUACAUAAAAGUUUUCUUGCUCUAGCUUGACGCUGGUGAUGGUGGCACUAUCCCACGUGCUCAAUCAGUCAUUCGCGAGAGUUGGGAUUAUCAUAGUCUGUUCUAGUUUUUAUUUUUAUUAUUUUUAUUUUAAACUUUCCUCUUGGCUAUCUUUCCGGCCGGCGAGGGGUGAAAGACGUGAGUGGAACCGCGCAAUGUACCGGCACUGGAUGGAGAGCAGAGUGGAUCAGGGUCGGAGAUUGAGAAAUCAGAUGAUACUCCGCGCGUUUAUGGAAUGGCAAUCAGUAUAAGAAUUAGAAUGUUGUACUAUAGCUCGGGUGCCAAAAUUUUUUAUUCAUGGUAUUUGGAGAUU